UUUUGACUAUGUACUAGAAUAAAGACAACAGGAGUCUGAGAAUUUUUUGUCUCUAUCGAAUUCCCUCUACGAACGCGCAAGCUUAGGUGUUUUUGAUUUCCCCCUCUCUCCUUUUCAAGGUCUACGGUUUCUUAGAAGUAUUGAUACUACUCAUCUUUAUGAAUCUUGGUAUCUGACGUUCAGAGGAUAACAAACGCUUAGAAGACUAGAAGACGCUUAUAGACUUCUUAGUUCUUCAGAAGAUUCGGGACACGGAGACAAAAUGGCGUUUAAAAGCUUGAACGCAAAGCGCGGUAUGCUCGUCCUGGGGAGCACGACGACCACGAACCUGUUUACCCACCAAAGCAUCAUUAUGACCAUAAUUCAUCUUAAGAAGCAUCUUAAGCCUCUUUUUUACCUUUAUUUUAAGAGAAAAGUAGAAAUCGUGGCAAAAGUCGUUCCAGUCAAGGAUGCACUCAAGACAUAAACGGUGGAAGCAUUCGAGUCACCAAGGUAGAAAGAUGCUUUUGAAGAUGAGUAUGGGCGGGAAGGUCUAAUAUCAUUGGUGUAUAUGCGCAAGGGGCGCCUUGGAACUACACAGCGGGGUGUUUGUUUGGGCCGGCAAGUGAUGCGCACUGUAGCGCUUCUUGGGACGCGUUUUGGGCUGCUGCACAGACCAAUGCGGCCUUCAAUAUGCUGGACUACAAGUGCUACAAUAACGUCACAGUUGAGGUGGCUCCUUCGAAUUGCGUGGGAGCAGACCGCUUCAAUAUAGGCAGGACGGCUGGGUACACAGGAUCGAGUUUCAAUUAAGGCUUCCUCUAAUCCAUCCUCGGAAGCAUCUUGGGAACGUUUUCAAGGGAGGAAGGGGCUCAAGAUGCGCCUCAGGAUGGAUAAGGGUGGGCGCUAAAUCAAGUGCCCGACCAGCGGCAUGAAUGACGACGCUGCGGUAAAGCUUGCUGCCGUACAGACACACUUCGGUUAAGGAUCUACUCGGACCACCACAUAGCCAACGGAUAAAAAGAAGUCAGAACAAGGAGCGGGGGUUUCUACUUCACUUUAGAAAUGACCUCAUUUAAGAGGUAGAAGGAUGAUGCGAAAAAUGCAGAAAAUGCAACUACUUCUUCUACUUCUUGUACUUAUAUAUAAGACCUCCUGAGUAAGGCACUGGAAAAACCCCCUGCUAGGCACAUUCAUUCACUCACUUUCCCUCAUAUAUCCUGGGUUAGUCUUAUUUAUUAGAAGGCAAAACCCCCUCACCCUCUAAUAUAGAUCUUACCUCCCGCAGAACAACACCGCGACUGAAACCUGUGUGCCUCCGAACAACGUACGCAUGUGUACCGAAGACCAGAUUGAUGCGAUGUGUACUGCUGGGCAGCUGCGGUCGACUUCCACAGCAAAAGCCUGGGCAGAUGCCAAUGCAUGCGUGCUUCCGGUUUACAGCUGUGGGUACUUGAAUUAAGGCUCGGGGAAUGAGAGUUUACAUGCAGUCAUCUGAAAGGCGCAUUUGCAAGAAGGAAAAUAUGAGCACAUAAAGAAUAAGUCACCGGUUAGCUUUUUCCUCAUAGCCAAGGUUUAUCCCACAAAGCAAAAUAAAAGCACCCAUAUGAUUGAUUUCUCAAUUACAGACUUUCGUUACCCCUCACUCUUCUAAUCAAACCGCUGCGUGUUUACAGCACAGUCGAUUGAUUCAACCUGCGUAUCUGUUACUGUUACUCACACGGAAAUUGUACGAACGACGAUCUCGCUCACCGGUUCGCCCAUGCUCUCUUCGGUACUAGCACUAUUAAUGAAGUAAGUAUUAAGAUUGACGGUGACAAUGCGAGGGUCAUAGUUUUUAAAGCUCCUGAUCAUGUGCGAGGGUUCUCCUUCUCAGUUGUCUAGGUGGAACAAAGCUCUGUAGCAGUCCUAGUUUUUUUUUAAGUGAUUUCUUUUUGGCUCUUCAGCAGCCAUCUGUCUACUAGUGAUUCUUUGGUUGAUCCUCCUCCCUCUUAGGGUUGAGGCAGCUGAAGCGUGGCCGAGGUUGAGGCAGCUGAAGCGUGGCCGGCUCGUUUGAGGCUUCAGGACUUCGCUAUGCCGUCCCCGUGGACGAUGGUAGAGUAGUGCGGAAUCCAAGGCCUCCCUGUAUUCCUUUGGUUCGUCGCGCAGAUGAGGGGAGCCACCAAUUCUCUCUUUCAGAGUUCCUUUCCCCACAUUGUUUUACUCUGUCUUUAUCUCGUUGGCUCACAGGUUCUACUCUUCUGUGGAUCUUGUCACAUCGAUUCAUCCUGCCGGUAGGUGCUAUAAGCUUAUCAGGGAUGCACAGAAUAGAAUACUAGUGAAGCUGUAGACCAACGCCUAGCCUAAAACCGACUGCAAUUUCAUCAGGAGGGUUAUUGGGAAGGCCGCAUGCUGGCGGCUGCGGUAUUGUUAGAACGCUGAAAACCUAGAAAGCUAGACCCUUGGGGGAGUCAAGGCGGAAACAGUUCUCGCUCUACCUGCGGAGGUUGGAGGCAGUCCACACAGCUGGGCGAUUCUCCUGCAGUUCCAAAGUGUGCCGGUCCAUGUCUAUGAGUAUCAGGCUACUUGCUACGCUAGGGGUCUCGGUGCUGAACUCGAUCCCAUUCGCUUCCCAUCUUGAUCCCCCUAUUGGUGACCUUAGUGGUGUGAACUUCCUCAUUGGCGUGUUUCUGAUCCUGUGAGCCAUGUGGUUCUUGAUCAUCCUUAUCGUGACCAAGUGGCUACGAUUCCAGUGAUCUCAUGACUGAGAACCUUGGGCCUUUUAAUGUUGAUCCAUUCACUAUCAUUCUGCCCAACAGGUGCCCACUGCUGUGGAGGAUGCGGCGAAAGAGGCGCUUUCUCUCGCGCUAGUCGCCACUGCCACCAGAGCUUUGCAAUCGAAUGACAAUACAAAGGGUUUGCGUCCCAACGUGACGAGAGUUAUGCUCAAUCUAAAUAGAAGUGAAUCUUCUAAAUAUUAGUGCUCGCAUUCAUAAAUAGAACUAAAUACAGAACUAGAUACCAAGAAACAAAAACAAUUAUCGAGUACUAUCUGAGAUUAUUCCCUAGCAUGCUCCGUUAUCUCAGUUUUUCGAAAAGUCGCGUUAAUGAUGUUCUUUUCGCAGUAUCUCCUCCAACUUCGGAGUCGUACUCUUUUGUUCUCAUAGAAGCACAUCUCGGCUCGGUACUCUUUUUUUCAAUAAGGCAAAAGCCCACUCCUCAGACGUACUCUUUUGUGUCCAUAUAAGAAUAGAAGGGCAAAAAUGCAUGUCAUGGUAAUCUUGCGUUCUCUAAGAAAGUCCAAGCUAUUUAUCCGGAAACCGGGAAAAUGGUCCUCAUCGGAGAUGUUUCGAUUCCCCUACGUCCGCAUGAAAAACCUGGCUCCGCAGCUCUCACUUCCGUGAAAAACACGCUUGCAAGCGACAUCUUUGGUUCUGGUUCGAGCAGUCAGUUGCAACAGUUGUUGCAGCCUCAGUUGGCGAUGGAAGUUGCUAAGAUCGGAGGGGCCCUGGCUGCGGCGGUUGAUGUCAGUGCUUCGGGAGUGACAGUCUCUUCGCGGGAUCUAGAUUCUGGACCCGCAUCGUCUUCCUCCACAAGCGACGACGACGACGACGACUUUCCCACUUGGGCGCUGAUUGUUAUCGUGGUCGGAGCGGGCCUGCUGGUGCUUGGUGGUGGAGUGGCUGCGGCGGUCAUGAUGUACACGAAGAAAGGAGUUAAGGCCUAUGCAGUAUACUCUAAUUCUUGCGCAGUACUAUUCAGUUGCACAGCAUAACCAUAAGUAGUAAAAUCGAUACUAGCCAUUUAAAACAUGAAUUUUUUUACAUCAUGAUAGAUUGGUACAAACCUUUAUUUGUGCCUUCGACCAACAACUCUUCCUCUAAUAUUCCUACGACCAGCAGCACACCCAGCGGUCAGACGAUGGGCGGACAGGGUGAGAGUGGUAAGGCUGGUGCAGAUCAAGGUCAAGAUGGCGAGUCGUGGGAUGGGGAGCCCAAUGCUUUCGAUACUGUUUCGGCACAAGUCAAUCUUCCACGAGAGAAAACACCUACAACCAAUGAAGCUGCCGAUCCCAGCGCAGUUGUUGUGGAUGUCGAAAAUGCCAACCAAGGCGCUGAUGCUGGCACAGAGUAA